AUGUCAAUCCCCGGCGCAGCAGACAGCAUCGACCCGUCGACGUUUGAGCAGAUCCUCGAGAUGGACGACGACGAGGACGACAGAGAGUUCAGCAAGAGCCUCGUCUACGACUUCUUCACACAAGCCGAAGGCACCUUCGAGAAGAUGGACUCAAAUCUUGAAAAGGGCGACCUCAAAACCCUCUCCGAACUCGGUCACUUCCUCAAGGGCUCCUCCGCCACCCUCGGCCUCACAAAAGUCAAGGACUCGUGCGAAAAGAUUCAACACUACGGACAGAAGAAGGACGACACGGGCACCAAGGACAUAGAGGAGAAGGAGGCUCUCGAGAAGCUCAAGACCACCAUCAAGGCCGCGAAGCAGGAGUUCAACGACGUUGAGAAGGUCCUCAGGAAGUUCUACAACGACGAGUCCUGA